CUUUUGGGGUUCUAGUGCUGGCCCGCGGAGAGACUUUAAUUCGACCCCGUUGGGACAACCGGCGGUGGAGCUUGACCGACCUUGAAAAAGAGGAGAGUGUACGAAGGAUAAAAGCACAAUAUACUCCUCUCCAUUCCCAUCUGCCAAUGCUCAACUCGAUUUUCUGAGAGCUCCGUCGAGUUAUACAGAAUCGUUUGCAACCACCUUCGUGUCAUUUCGUCUGAAAUGAACUGUUUGUUUUUCGUCGCGACACCACAAAUUUUGCUAUAAUUUCAAACCCAGCUUACUACUCCACCUUCGCAACAUCACCACAUUUUACGAACCCACCAUUCACCUGCGACGUAUCUCACCACAUCCUUCUCUGCUCUACUUUCACAAUGGGUCUUGCCAGUCAGCUGCUGUAUUAUUCGGUCCACCCGAAUCAACUGAGAUCCAUCUUGCAAUGGAAAUUAUGGCACGACCCAGUUCACACGAGAAAUCCAGACAAAGAGUCGCCUACUCUGCGAGAAUGCUUCAAAUACCUCAAUCUGACCAGUCGGAGUUUCAGUUCGGUCAUCCAAGAGCUCAACCCAGAACUUCUCGUCCCAGUCGCAUUGUUUUACCUCAUCCUGCGCGGCCUCGACACAAUCGAAGAUGAUAUGACAAUACCUCUAGAGAACAAGGAGCCGCACCUGAGGAACUUUCAAAAUAUCCUAGAGCAAGAUGGUUGGACGUACACUGAGAAUGGUCCCAACGAAAAGGACAGGGAAUUGCUUGUACAUUUCGACGUCGUGGUCACAGAGUUCAAGUUGGUCAAGCCAGCAUACAAAGCGAUCAUCAAGGAUAUCACGGACAAGAUGGGCAAUGGAAUGGCGGACUAUGCGAACAACGCGGAGCACAACGUCAAUGGGGUCAACACAAUCAAAGACUACGAGUUGUACUGUCAUUAUGUGGCAGGACUGGUUGGAGACGGUCUGACGAGAUUAUUCGUUGAGGCCAAUCUUGCAAACCAAGCUCUUCUCAAGCGCCCAGAGCUCUCGGAAUCCAUGGGUCAAUUCUUGCAAAAGACGAACAUCAUUCGUGAUAUCCGAGAAGAUUUCGACGACAAGAGACGAUUCUGGCCCAAGGAGAUUUGGUCCAAGCACGUUACCAACUUUGAAGAUCUUUUCGAGCCCAAGAACCUCCAAGUCGCGCUGAAUUGCAGUUCGGAGAUGGUCCUAAACUCUCUCAAGCACGCCGAUGAAUGUCUGUUCUACAUGGCUGCCAUCAAGGAUCAGAGUGUGUUCAAUUUCGUCGCAAUCCCGCAGGCGAUGGCUAUCGCAACACUGGAGCUCGUUUUCCAGAACCCAGAGGUCUUCAAGAAGAAUGUGAAGAUCACCAAGGGCGAUGCCUGUCAAUUGAUGAUGGAGUCUUCACAGAAUCUGAAAACAGUCAGCGAGAUCUUCAAACGAUACGUCCGAAGGAUACACAAGAAGAACAAUCCCAAGGAUCCCAACUUCCUCGAGAUCAGCAUUGCUUGUGGAAAGGUCGAGCAAUUCAUCGAGUCCAUCUUCCCAACACAAGAUCCCAAAGCACUCGCUCUUCUUCACAAGGGCGAAAUUGCCCCGGAAGACGCGAGGAAGAAGGCCGAGAGUGCCGAGGCAAACAAGGAUGUCAUGUACCUCAUGCUCGCCGUUUUCGGUACUCUUUUAGUCAUCUCUGCAUUGAUGAUCGGAGCAGCCUACCUCGCCGGCGCCCGCUUCGACGUUGCAGUCAACGAACUCAAGAAAGGCAAGAUCUUCCCCAAAUUCGACAAAGGCAGCGAAGAGGCCCAAGGAAUCGCACAGCAAUACGACCAUGGCGAACUAUGAUUGCUUUUCAUCCUUUCGAACUGGUUUCAUGUUUCUACUACUUAGGCCUUAAUAUUUUGGCCAACUCAUAGGGUGAGUUAGGGCGCAACGUGGCGUGUGAUUAGGUCGAGAGCAUGCAAUGCUGUAUUAUAUGUCUGGCUAGGCGGAUGAUCAAUAUCUCGCUGAGUAAUGCACAUAAUGAGUUUUAUAACGUGUACUGACUUUCCUCUUGCCUCUUUUUCGUCCGUCCCCUUUUCCCUUUUUCUCUUUUUGGGGUUUGUGAAGUGUCAAGAGAACGAAAAUAGCACGGAUGUCA